AUGAUUUCCAUGCCAAAAGCUCUGCAGAUGAUGGAUUCUGAGCACCAACUUAAGAAAAGAGGCAACAGAAUUAACCAUCUGAUGCUCAAGGAUCAUGAAGCUAUUCAAAAGCACGACCGUCAGGGCCUUCAUCAGGAGAGCCCUCUCCCACUGCUCGACCUGGCAGGACCACUCAUCAGGGAAACUCGACCGCGCCUCCCAAGUACUCGAUUAAUCUUCGAGAUCAAAAGAUUCAGCGAAAUAUCUCAUGUUCCGCCAAAAUGUGAAAUUCUCCCUCUUGAUAGGACUGACGAGAUUCGAGGCUACAUUGCAGUUUACUUAAAGCGUCAGUUUCUUACAGCUUCGAACAUCCCGGGUCCUAAUGGCCUUUACACAAAGGUGUUCCGCAAGACUUACAACUUGGGGACUUCGAGUGAGCUCUACACUUACACCUCAGACUUGUCGACCAAAGGAAUCGACGAUGACAUUGAAAGUGUCCAUCAAACUGGCAUGUGGAUUUAUUACGAAAAUAAAGAUUACAACAAGGAAUUCCAAGGAAAGAUUCAUUAUGUGCACGGCAUAGAAUAUUCAACGGACUUUCCCACUAGGUUCAGAAAUAUGGCAUCUUCAGUCCGCUUCACCGGCCACAGGGUCGUCCUGAACGCCGACACCUGGAACAUCUACGAAGGGCAGUACUUCACCGGAAGGGAGCUUUUCGGGACGAACGACACGGCCACCUUGGGAGAGCUUGACCUUCAAGUUUCUUCGAUUGCGGUCACGGGUACAAGCGGUUGGACUGUGCACACAGGCCAAUCGUUCACGGGCCAAGGAGUCUGCGUUUAUCCUGCCACAUUUCAUGACCGGUCGCCUUCGGGAGAGCAACUUGACGUCGGUAUUUAUGGAAUCGUAACUACUCUUGGACUACCUGAAGACAGCAUCCGCUCCAUACGAAAGGGAUGUUGGUCAAGCAAGGUUGCGACUCCUUCAGACCUCAGCUACCAACACAAAGACUCCAAUGGUGGGUGGGGAUACGUUGGACUCUGAAAUGGAGACACAGGCUCCAAGACAACGGUUGAUUUGCAAGUUUAGAUUUGCAUGUUAUGAGCUACUGAUUUGGGAAUUAAAAUUAUAUUUGGGUUUUGAGGAAAGUAUUGAUUUCAAAAUUACCGACCACAUGGCCCAACAAACUUAGAAGAAAAAUUUGUUUGCUAUCCUUUAAUAUUCUGGCGGUUUUUGACCAAUUCCUUAUCUAUGGAUAUGAAAGUUCCCAAUCUUCCACUAAUAUUCCUUCAGGAUAUCUGAAGGCCAACUCUUUCACCUCUUUGUAACAAGAAG